AUGGAGGCCCCUACGAUAGAUGAUACGAUGGAAAUGGCGUCUCCUUACCAUGGGCACGGCGAUGAUUUUGAGAUCGACAUCGAUGUUAUGGAGGACCAAGCUUCGAAUGCAGACAGAGACAUGACGGCAGCGGAUGACUACAUGGAUAACUCUCACGGCGAGAAUCAUGGUCAAGAUGUAUUCCCCGAUGAAGAUAUGAUUGACGAUGCAGCCGAGCCUUCCAUGAUAGACGCCGACGAAUACACCGAGGAGAAUCAGAACAUCGACAUGCAUUACGAGGAUGGGAAGACGGACGAGGAGAGAAAAACAUACGAGGCUGAGAUGCUAGAAGACGAAUAUGAAGAAGAUAUCGAUGCGCCAGUCCUGGAUCACCAAAAUGCAGUGCCCGAGUUCUCAGUACACGCGGACAGUGAAGAAGCUCCAAGAGCGGUACGAAACGACAAAGAAUUGCCCGAGGAUACCGAUAAGGAUCACUCUGAGUCUCAUAUAGAGGUGGCAAAGGAACACCUUGAUGAGUCCCAACCAAAAGCACAACUGUACUCCGACCAGUCUGUGGAGCGCCAGGAUGGCGAACAGCCGGUUGAAGAGGCAGAAACAGGCCAAGUGGAAUAUCGGGAUCAGGGGGAGACUGUCGACAGUACUAAGGCUGAACAAACAGAGCAAUCCGAAUGGCAACCGGUACAUAACGAUCAUCAAGGCAUUCCCGAGGACAUUCAGAAUGAGGUGAAAGACGGAGAUCAACCUAGCAUCCAACCAUAUAACGAUGCCCGCAAGGAGGCAGAAGUGGAAUCGCAAGAGCAGCUACAAAUAUCCGAGUCCAAUGACCAGGAAACUGAAGAAGCCCAUGAAUCGACCGACGCAUCCCCGCUCUACCCGGUCAAAGUAUACUAUCAAGACAACGAGAUCUCGCUGUUUCCUCCAAGAGAAGGGGACGCUUCAGAAACUUUCUUCCUGGAAGACGAGGGUCUUGCAUACGAGUCUUUUGGAAAACUGUUUGUUGCUUGCCGCGAAGUCCUGCAAAAUCACAUUACGGAGAACGAGGUGCUAGUCAUUGAUAUUGAAACCCUGAACUUUCAACUGACAGAGGAUUCGCUCGAGACACAUAAUUUUACGUUGAAACAAAUUGUAGACGUGUACCUGCAACUUUGCCACAAUGACGGCAUUGAAGAACCGGAAGCCUUAUUCCUCACCCUUAGUACGAGACUAACCCUUGCUGCGGAACUAUCGGAUCUUCUGAUAGCUGCCAGCGAGGGGAAGGGUCUGUCCGAGAUUCAGUCUUGGGAAAUCUACCCUGACGCGGAAGGAGCUGCAGAAUUCGAAGAGAACGCCCCUGAGUUCAAUUCGAAGGAGCAACAAGACACGCCGGAUAAUUACGACGAUGAAGGAAGCUCCAUUGGACCCAAGUCGAAGCUUCCCCCUCCUGACCAGGACUCGUCUAACCUCAAGCAUGAUGCUUCGGCCACCCAGGAAACCGACAACAUAGAAAAUGCCGAAGAUGGGGAGGUUGCUACCAAUGCCACUGAUUUGGAAGACCAAAAUGAUGCGUCACCACGCGCGGCGUCUCAAAACUCUGAGGAAGGAGAGUCAGAAUCUACCGGAACACUUGAGGCCCUACCUGUAACGGAUCUAUCCGAGGAGCGAUUAGAACCAGGUGAAGUCGACGAACAUUCUCAUGAUGACGAUGAUGAUGAGCAUCACGGCGAGGACUACUAUGAGGGAGACCACCAUCUUGAUGACGAGGCUCAUCUUGAAGAAGGUUCUUUGGUCCACAUUACAGGACCCCUUGACAAUCUAGAGGAUCCCGAGGCGGAUGACACCGGAUAUUCUGAGGAACAUACGACAGGAUCUCAUGACCUAGAAUCAUAUCACGAGCAACCACCCUCGGGGGAGGAUGUGAAGACUGAUGCUCCUAACGAGGGUACCACCGGCCUGGAAUCUCAAUUAGAGGAUAGGUUCAUGACGGCGGAAACACUUUUGGACGGCACCUCAACAGAAAAGUCCCACCCCCAGCCCGUGGUAGAUGACUCACUAGAUGCGGCAGACGAUGCGAAAAAUACUGAUAGAGACUCGAACGCCGCAGACCUGACUGGAGUCAGCGAGGCAAAUGAGCCCAGUGAACUCGAGGAAGCCCCGGAGAGUACCGUUUCUCUCCCCUCCAACAACAACGAGGGAGGCGACCUGCCCUUCGAAGAUGAAGAGGAUUACCUGGACCUAGAAAUUGCGGACGACUUAGGUGACUUUGAACAAGACCAAGAAACUGCACCCGCCAGUCACGUUUCUGGCAAACGCUUCCGUGAGCCCGAUGACGAACUGGACUAUCCUGAAAGCACAACUCCGGAAGUCAAGCGCUCUCGGUCGUCAUAG